AUGCAAUUCACAAUCGCUUCCCUUAUCGCCACCGCCGUCCUUGGACUGCAAAUGGCCAGCGCAGCCCCCCAUGCCCCCGGCUCCAGCAACGCCGCGAUCAUCUCUCAGGCCCAGGAACAGAACACCUGUGGCAACGCGCACCUCUCCUGCUGCGAGAGCACCGACAACAGCGUCUCCUUGACUCAGGAGGAAGAGGAGGGUCUUCUUCACCUCCUUGGUGGAACGAGCAGUGUGCUGAGCGACGGCUUGCUUGGGAAGUACUCUGGCUGCUCUUCGCUCGCUUCCGUUGAGGGUAUUCUCGGCGCCGGCGGUAACCAGGGCCUUGUUAGUGGACAGUGCAACAACCAUGUUGCUUGCUGUGAUGCUGGUGAUAAUGAGCUGGUAGGUUUCCUUGAACCUGGUGUUGCUGUCCUCAAGCCGAAUUCUGAUGGUAUACAGAACGGCCUCGCAAACGUCGCUGUUCCUUGUGUUCCUGUCCAGGUUCUCUAA